AUGUUAUUGUUACUUCUUCCACUGCUGCUGCAUAGCCUCAGUUCUCAGGGCUCCAGGGGAAAGCUCCAGUUGCCCCAGAGAGUCCCACAAAGAGUCCCACAGAGAGGCUCACAGAGAGUCCCACAGAGAGGCCCCCAGAGAGUCCCACAGAGAGGCCCCCAGAGAGUCCCACAGAGAGGCCCAGAGAGUCCCACAGAGAGGCCCACACAGAGUCACACAGAGUCCCACAGAGAGUCCCAGACAGAGUCCCAGACAGAGUCCCAGACAGAGUCCCACACAGAGUCCCAGACAGAGUCCCAGACAGAGUCCCACACAGAGUCCCACACAGAGUCCCACACAGAGUCCCACACAGAGUCCCACAGAGAGGCUCACAGAGAGUCCCACAGAGAGGCCCCCAGAGAGUCCCACAGAGAGGCCCCCAGAGAGUCCCACACAAAGUCCUACAGAGAGUCCCACAGAGGCCCCCAGAGAGUCCCACAGAGAGUCCCACAGAGAGGCCCACAGAGGCCCCCAGAGAGUCCCACAGAGAGUCACACAGAGAGUCCCAUAGAGAGUCCCAUAGAGAGUCCCAGACAGAGUCCCACACAGAGUCCCACACAGAGUCCCACACAGAGUCCCACACAGAGUCCCACACAGAGGCCCACACAGAGUCCCACACAGAGUCCCACACAGAGUCCCACACAGAGUCCCACACAGAGUCCCACACAGAGUCCCACACAGAGUCCCACACAGAGGCCCACACAGAGUCCCACACAGAGUCCCACACAGAGGCCCACACAGAGUCCCACACAGAGGCCCACACAGAGGCCCACACAGAGUCCCACACAGAGGCCCACACAGAGGCCCACACAGAGGAGCAGAACGCGGACACGUGAGGCCCACGAGCGCAGUCACACGCUCGCGGAGGUGGGGGCAGUGCAGCGCGAAGUGAACGCUGCUUUCGCCGAAGAACACAACAGGCGCAGCCGUAAAUUAAAACUCAGCAAAAGCCUUGGGCACCACCACUCCAACAUCCAGAAAAUCACACAGAAUACUGCACAAAUAAAAAGUAUGGUCAACCAACUGGGAACCAGUCAGGAUACCACUACACUCCAAGAGCGGCUGCAACAGAUACAACACUCUUCCAAUCAAUUGGCCAAAGAAACCAACAAGCACCUUAAGGAACUAGGCUCUAUUCCUCUUCCGUUAUCUCCAUCUGAACAGAGGCAGCAAAAGAUCCAGAGGGAACGACUUAUGAACGAUUUUUCUGCAGCUCUGAACAACUUCCAGUCAAUACAACGCCUUGCAGCAGAGAAAGAGAAGGAGUCUGUUGCUCGAGCAAGAGCAGGAUCCCGUCUUUCAGCUGAUGAUCCCUUUCGCGAUGAAAAACUUGUGUCAUUUGACAGCCAGGAAGACUGGGGCCAGAUGACUACUCAGUCAGAAGAAGUAGCCAUUACAGAGGAAGACCUGGAGCUUAUCAAAGAGAGGGAAACCAACAUUCGACAGCUCGAGUCUGAUAUUUUAGAUGUCAAUCAAAUCUUCAAAGAUCUGGCAGUGAUGAUCCAUGACCAAGGGGAGAUGAUUGAUAGCAUCGAGGCCAAUGUUGAGAAUGCAGAGGUGCAUGUGGAGAGAGGAGCAGAUCAGCUUCAGCGAGCUGCUCUUUACCAACAAAAGUCUCGCAAGAAGAUGUGUAUUUUGGCAGUGGCCGUUGUGCUUAUGGUGAAAAGUGUUGGAACGAACAUCCCAGAGACGGUAGAGGAGGUGGCGGUGGCUACAACAGCAACAGCCGCGCACCUCCGCCCCAGCAGCAGCCCCGUGGUGGUGGUGGUGGUGGUGGUGGUGGUGGAGGAGGAGGAGGAGGAGGAGGUGGUGGUGGAGGAGGAGGAGGAGGAGGAGGAGGAGGUGCGAGGGGGAUACGUGCAACCCUCGUCUUUUAGCAACCGGGAAAAUGAUCAGUGGAGCCGCAGAGGAGACUCGGACUGGGGAGGCGGUGGAGGAGGAGGCUUUGGGAGAAGAGAAAAUGUCAAAAGCUCUGAAUUCAGCUUUUCCCAAAAUCGAUUUUCAGCCCUGGACUCUCCGAGCACAUUUGAUAAGGGUGGAAGAGCUCCUCCAACAGCAGGCGAUGAUGACAGCAAUGACAGAAAAUGUGAAACCAUUCAAAGCGACAUGGAUGCCUGGGAAAGCUCAGGGCAGUGGGGAUUUUCAACUUAUUCUCAUUCUAAAAAUCCUCUCUCUGGAUUUUCUGAUCUUUCACCAGAAGAGUUAAGAUUGGAGUAUUAUACAUCAAGAGCCUCUGGAAAUGUGCAGAAUUAUAUCAACGGUGUGAACCAGUUACUCAGCCAGUGGAGAAGUAGAGUUCAAGAACUUAAAAUAAUGAAUGCCUCGACAAAAGCAGCUUUGAUAAGAGAACUAAACAGCACUGCACCCCAACAAUCCUCUGUAGGCUUUGGUUCAGUAGAGACUGCUUCAGCAUUUGGGAGCAAAGGUUUUGGGGCGCCUACCCAGGGAACUAAUUUUAGUUUUGCGGCCCCGCCCCUCCUCCCUCCGGAUUUGGUGCUGCCGGGUCUGCACCUCCUCCCUCCGGAUUUGGUGCUGCCGGGUCUGCACCUCCUCCCUCCGGAUUUGGUGCUGCCGGGUCUGCACCUCCUCCCUCCGGAUUUGGUGCUGCCGGGUCUGCACCUCCUCCCUCCGGAUUUGGUGCUGCCGGGUCUGCACCUCCUCCCUCCGGAUUUGGUGCUGCCGGGUCUGCACCUCCUCCCUCCGGAUUUGGUGCUGCCGGGUCUGCACCCCCUCCCUCCGGAUUUGGUGCUGCCGGGUCUGCACCUCCUCCCUCUGGAUUCGGUGCUUCACCCGCUCCUUCAGCUUCCACGGCACAACAGCAAAGUAUUAUCUGAGAUCUCCGCGCUGCGCACUGCAUCGCCGCUCCCCGGCGUUGCUUCGACUCUUGGGCCAUCCACCAGCAUCACCAUGAGCAGUGUCGGUGGUCUGAACGUGGUGCGCUCCUCCAGCAUCUCAGGGGCCAUGUACAGCCUGGAGAAGAGCCCCAGCAGCGGAGGCCCGGACACCGCAUCGCUGUCCGGAAACAAGAAGCGGAGGUCCAGCCUGGGGGCCAAGAUGGUGGCUAUCGUGGGUCUGUCGCAGUGGAGCAAGAGCACGCAGCAGCUCAAUCAACAAGAUAACGGAACAAAGAAGCUGCGCAGCACAAUCCGGCGAAGUACCGAGACAGGGUUUGCGGUGGAGAUGAGGAGCAGAGUGACGCGGCAGGGAAGCAAGGACUCGACUGAUGGCAGCACCAACUCCAACAGUUCUGAUGGAACGUUUGUCUUCCCAACGCCACGUCAAGCACCGGACCGGCAGUUCAGUGACUUCCUGGAUGGACUUGGCCCUGCUCAAAUUGUGGGCCGGCAAACUUUAGCUACACCCCCCAUGGGGGAUGUUUAUGUGGGCAUGGUAGACAGAGGAGGGCAACUGGAGGUGGAGGUCACUCAAGCCCGAUGCUUGACCCCAAAACCAGGCUCCAAGAACUUACCAGCAACAUACGUGAAAGUGUAUCUUUUGGAAAACGGAAUGUGUUUGUCCAAGAAGAAAACCAAAGUUGUAAAGAGAAACCUGGACCCUACAUAUCAGCAGACUCUGCUGUUUGAUGAAAGUCCUCAGGGAAAAGUUGUGCAGGUAAUAGUGUGGGGGGAUUAUGGGCGUAUGGACCACAAGUGCUUCAUGGGAAUGGCUCAGAUCCUCCUGGAGGACUUGGACCUGUCGACUUGUGUCAGUGGCUGGUAUAAGCUGUUCCCUACCUCUUCUCUGGCGGACCCCAACAUUGGCCCCCUGACCAGGCGCCUUUCUCAGUCGUCUCUGGAGAGCGCCACCAGCCCGACCUGCCCCUAG